ACCGAUGUUGACAACAUCUGCUCUUAAGAGCUUUCAACAAUCAAGUUCUGACAUAUCUUUCAAGUUGAUACAACAAUUGUACCACUUUAAGCAAGUUCGAAACCAAUUAUUCCUUAUUUGGCGAAGAUCGUUUAUCAAAAACAGAUCAUCGAAAAACUCUCGACCAAGACGUAAAAAUAGGAUUAGGUCCCAGCGCUCUCUCAAGAUGGCGGCUGCAGGGCCGAUAGCGGAUGCUGUGAUUGCGGCAAUGAGCACAGAACAUGGUGUAUGGCCUGACAAUGUGGAGCUAUAUGAACCCUGCAAAGACACCAUUCUUCUGACAGAUGCUGCAAGUUGUAGAGGUAUAGAGGCUUACCUUAGAUUUUGUGGAUUGGCCCAUGAAGUUAAGUGCAGAAGGAAUGCUGAAUUUAUGUCUCCAACAGGCAAUGUUCCAUUUCUAAGAGCAGAUAGAGAUUUGAUUGGUGAUUUUCAAGAAAUAGUUUCAUUUGUUGAGGCUAAGGGCUUCUCUACAAGUGCAAACUUUGAAAUGAAAGACAAAGCAGAAAUGAAAGCAUAUUUAUCACUCAUUGAAAACUCUCUUGUUCCAUCUGAGCUUUACAUGUUGUGGUGGAAGAAAGACUGGGCAGUGCGUACAAGGCAGCAUUAUGGCAGUCAGUUCCCUUUUCCGUUGAAUCUUGUUCUUAGCUACAGGAGGCAGUGGAAAAUCUGUCAACAACUGAAGGCAGAUGGGUGGCAUCACAAGACAGAAAAUGAGGUUCUUGAAGAAUUCAAGCGGACAUGUCAAGCCCUCUCUGAAAAACUUGGAAAUAACAAAUUCUUCAUAAACGACAGGCCUACAGAGUUGGAUGCUCUUGUGUUCGGCCAUCUUCACACACUACUGACCAGAUACUUACCAGAUGAUUCGCUCAGCUCUGUAGUAAGGGCUCACAGAAAUCUUGGAGACUUCGUUAUGAGGAUCCUGGGGGAAUUCUUUCAAUAAGCAGGAGCAACUACUGUUAAAACUUCGUUAUGAGGAUCCUGGAGGAAUUCUCUCAAUAAGCAGGAGCAACGGUUGUUUAAAUAAACCAUUUUACAGACUCGA